GCCGCCGACAACCAGUGGUCCGUUGGUGGGGGACUGGAGCGACGCUUCUUUGUAUUUCUUUUUCAUCAGAAUGUUCAAAUAGUUGCGAAGAACCGUUCUCCGUAAAACACCAUGUUGUUGUGUUGCGCUGUAAUUUCUCGCGUCUGUUUCAGAUGAACCGCACACGGUUUUACACCUGUUUGCAACAAGUGCCCUGCGUAGGCUGUUCCAGGAACCAAGGGCUAGUCUCGCUCCCUACCGUCUGAAAUGGAGGAAAGUGGGACCUCCCGAACCGUGAUCAACACGAGCAGCAACCCGUACCUGGAGUUCGACCAUCUCUCCACGUCAACCAUCUCCUGCAACAAACAAUUCAUCAGAAGCGCGUCGGGACUGCUGGUCUGUGCCGAGGUGGUCCUGGGUCUGCUGGUGUGUGGACUGAUCGCCGGUACCGACUACUUCCGCAUGUCCCCGUUCGGCUGGGUCAUGUUCGUGGCCGUCUUCUACUGGGUGCUCACACUCUUCCUCCUCCUCCUCUUCCUCACCCAAGCACACUCCAAAAUCCCCCAGGUCCCAUGGAACACAGUGGUGAUGGUCUUUAACUCCACUGCCACAGUGCUGUACCUCGUGGCAGCAGUUGUCGAGGCAACGCUUGUGAGUCACGGGGUCAAAGGGCAACACAACUACAACAGCUGGGCCGCGUCGACGUUCUUUGCCUUCCUGGUGUCGCUGUGCUACGCGGGGAGCUCCUUCCUCAGCCUCAGGGCCUGGAGAGACAGACAGGCUGAGGGGUAGACCAGGACACAGACGCGGAUACACACACGUGUGUGUGUGUGUGUGUGUGUGUGUGUG